CACAAGGCCCUGCUGCGUUGGCGCCUCCAUGACUCUGUCCGGAGUUUGUAAUCACAGAAAUCGGGAGAGGGUGAGUCGCCUCGCCCGAGUCCCGUCAUCGACUCGUUUCGAGCGCCGACUCAAUCCUUGCAUGCGACCUCCUUCAUCUUCCCGAACUUGAAGCUUCGAGGUCUCAACGGUGGGCAGCCAGCGAGUUAGCUAAUUUUAUGUCGCUCAAAUUGUUAUGUGGGGAUGGGUUGUGUCUUGUAAGGUGCGGCGGUGGUGCUUGGUUACGUGAAGUUCUCAUGGCUUCAAUUGAUCCGGACGAGGGGAAUGGAGAGGGGCCAGAUGUUUUUGGUUUUUGUUCUCGCGGAAUAGCCGACUUGCUAGGUGGGGACGAUGAUUUUCUGUUCACUGAGGACGCCUCCCCGCCAUCCCCGAGGAGACCAGGAGAAGUUGCAGGCCAGGAUGCAGAUACCUCUGGUUAUGAUGGCAAAAAGGGUGAUGGUUGCUCUACUUCCAGUGCAUUGUUUGAUGAUGGAAUAGCCCCUGGUAUUUCAGAUACAAGGAGAGAGAGACUGAGGUUGUUUCUUAGGGGGGCCGCCUUUGACCUUUCUCGUGAAGUCGACAAGAUGCAUGAACCAGUGAUUAAGCUGCAUCAGUUACAAGCACUGUUGAGAAGCAGCAGGCAACAAUUCGCUUGCUCAGCUGCCUCAUCUCACGGUGAUGUAGGGGAGCGUCCCCAUAAGAAGAAUAAGAUGUCCUCUUCCUCUUCCUCAGCGAGCAUUUCUGAACAUGAGAGUCCUGUUCGACUGAAAUCAAGCAAAAAUGGUUCUGCUGGUAAAGAAACCCGACUAAAAUUUUCUCAAAUGGAUUGGGCAGAAAUGCAGAAAGUUAGUGCUAUUGAGACAAGGUCUGCUCCAUGCCAAAGUCCACAAAUGUCCAAGCAUCUGUGCAAACAUUCUAGAUCCAAAAGUGAAGGGACAACAACACCUCUUUCAGGUUCAAAUGAGGCAGCCGACAAAGAUGUCAAUGCUGAUCUGCAAUUUUUGCUGGCAAGUGACCAGUUACGUGUUGACCAGAUGCUGAAGAAAUACUCUGAUGAACACUCUAGUAAACUGGAGUACAUGGGAAAGCAGCUCGAAGAACUUCUUGAUACUGUUGCGUCCAAGUGCAGCUUGGGAUCAGUGCUCAUGACAGCACGUCUAAAAGAAAGGUCAAUGACCCGUAAAGAAAAGAUACAGCUUCAGAAACUAAUUCGGAACCUACCACAAGACAAUCUUGAACGAGUGGUGGGAAUACUCGGACGUAACGAUAGUUCGAAAACCAAUCUCCGUGAUGCUGUCUCCGUUGACCUAGAAAAGGAGGAUAACGGGACACUCUGGAGAUUAUACUUCUACAUUCGAGCAGAGGAGAAGGCAAGAAAACUUGCAGCCAUUCAAGAUACGCGAAUCGACUCAAAUACAAAGAAGAUCUGAGACACUGCUCUUCUCAAGUUAGGUCCUUCAUUCAAAGAUGCUACUCAUUACUCAAAGCUACAGAGGGCAAACAGGCUCUUGUGAAUAAUAUUGCCUUGUUUUUGUUUUUCCUCGAGAUAGAGAUGCACACUCUUUGUGCGAUUGAAAUGCAAGGGGCCAAAUUAGUGUUAGUCGUUUCGGGAGCUUUCCAUGGAAACCUCUCAUGGUGUAAAAAAGCUUUUACAUCGUGAAUAGGUUGGGUUGAGGGCGAUACCCCUGCACAGCGUUACAUCGCUGGUUGUAGAGUCCGGUACAGAUUUCCGCGUAGGUUUUGACACUGAAUUACGAAUUACUGGGACGAUGCUUCGAUCUUUUGUGUUUGAUUCGAAGGGAUUACUGUAAUUACACCAGGCCAUACGUGCAUGAUGCCGCAUGAAGUGCAAUGUCUUUUGAGCCUUUU